UAAAAAUGUUGAUCACUAUUAAUAUUUUAUUAAUUGGAAAGAUUUAUUUUUUGUACCAAUAAAAUUGGAAUGUUAGAUAAAUUAAAAUGAAUGAAUCUGUGAAUCAUUGUUAGUGGAUGAUUAUGUUGCGUGGAAAGAGUAAAAAAGUGGAGAAUGAAGAGACAGAAGGUGAGCUGAAACAGAGAAGACCGAAGUGUGCUCGGUGUAGAAAUCAUGGUUUGAUUUCUUGGUUGAGGGGACACAAAAGAGAGUGUCGUUAUAGGGAGUGUCUUUGUCCGAAGUGUUCUUUGAUUGCAGAAAGACAGAGAGUGAUGGCUGCACAGGUGGCCCUUAAGAGACAACAGGCAGCAGAAGAUGCUAUUGCUCUAAAAAUGGCUAAAGUCGCAACUGGUCAGAAGCUCAGUCGAUUACCUCCGGGAAAAAUAUUUGGUAUGGCAGUAACCGAUCCAAAAUCAGUUGGGGAUAGCAACAAACAGGAAAAUCCUCCUUCAAAAGAGGAUCUAGGAGAUGAAGACCCGAAAAAGGACGACUCUUUAAAUGAUCAAUGUCUCAAUUCAUCAGUGAUUAAGGAGAGCAUACCAAAGAACAAAAACCUAGUAUUCAAUGUGAACAAUAGAGAGGAAACAAAAGAAAGCAGCGUGUCUCAGACUUCAGUGGAAACACUAGCUCGCCUCUUUCCCAAUACAAAGCUCUCAGUACUACAAUUAGUGUUGCAAAGAUGUGGUCAAGAUCUAUUGAAAGCUAUCGAAUAUUUUGCUAGUGACAGUUUUGGAAUCAAUUCGACGACCUAUACUUCAGCUUUUCAGCCUCCUCAAAGCAUUAACGAGACCAGGUCUAAUGAACAAAUUGCUGGUACUAUGUUGGCUCCAAUUUAUUCCAGUCUUUCAAGAAAUUUCUAUGGAGAUGGCUACUGUUUCUUAAAUAUCGUUCCUGAACAAUUUCCUAACAGUAUAGUAGAUGCAACAUCUUGUACCGCAUUGCCAAUCAAAAAUAGUGGACAUGAACAAGAAGGAGUAGCUUUAAAUGUUCAAUACAAUAAUUAUUUCAAUUCAGGAACCCAACAACAACUGAGAGAUCAUGUGUAUACUCAAGUUACGGAUCAUCUUUCUCCAAGACCUAGUUUCCUUCAUUUACCAUCGGUAUUGUCAGGAAUUCCUUGUGUGCAACCUAAUUGCUCUCAAUGUAUCUACAAAUUUCCCUGAAUUAUUGAAGAAUAUUUAUUCCUUAUAGUAAUAUUUAUUGAACACUCUUAUGGAAGAAUACAUAUAUUUGAAAACAUUAUUAACAUAUAUAUCGUGUCUGAAUUUCUACCUAACGAAUAUUUGCAUGGUACAGUAUCGAUAUCAGGAGAAUUUCCGUGAUUGACAGUCCUUGAUCUUCAAAGUUUAGUGCGAUCAGUUGAGUUAAGUGAACCGUGUUCUUGACACGCAUCGCUUGUCUCAAUACCCUUGUCUCUCUCUAUGAAUUGAACUUUGAUCGUGAAGCGUGAAAAAACUUGUUAGAGUUGUAUAUGUAUUUUUUUUAAGUUGCAAAAGAUUUUUGUAUGUGAUCACGAUUUGUUUUGAUUUAAAUACUAAUGGUCUUCAAUUAAACCGUUUUCUUUAUAAAAUAAUUAUAAAUAAUCAUGUUAUUU